UUUAUGGACAACAGAUUUAUAACUACAACACGGAAAAACAUAAAACAGAGCAAACAGAUGCUGCUUAAUCUCAGACUCCCCUCACUUCCUUGCCGUGCUGUUGUUUAUUCCUGCUUACACAGCAAGAUGAGCGCGACUACUGGACCAGUUAUUCGCAAAUUCAUCCCAGUUGAACACUCGCAGACUCAUGGCUCCAAAUUGCGCCUCGUCUCAUAUAACAUUUUGGCCCAGGCUUAUGUGAAGAGCUCCUUGUUUCCGCAUUCACCAGCACCUUGUCUCAAGUGGAAAGCUCGUUGCCAGGAACUUUUAACUGUUCUUAGGAGCUUUGAGGCUGAUAUCCUUUGCUUACAGGAAGUAGAUGAGUAUGAUACCUUUUACAAAGGAAAUGUUGAGAGUCAUGGCUAUUCAAGUGUUUACAUCCAGAGAAGUGGCACAAAGCGUGACGGCUGUGGAAUUUUUUACAGAAACAAUAAAUUGGAGUUGGUCAUGCAGGAGAAAAUAGACUAUAAUGAUCUGGUGAACUCUAUUCAAGAAGAAGAGGCAUUGUGUGCUGGUAUGGAUAAAAUUACCGUUAGUGACACCGAACGAGAUACUGCAUCAAAAGAAGAUUUGCAGCCCAAAGACACCAAAGAUCGUGGGGAUCCUAAUGAUCCGCGUGUAAGAUUAAAACGUGAUUGUGUAGGUAUCAUGACUGCAUUUCGACUGAAGGAAUCUUCUGAGCAUUUUGUAAUUGUUGCAAAUACACAUAUUUACUGGGAUCCAAAAUGGGCUGAUGUAAAGCUUGCACAAGUUAAAUAUCUACUGUCGCGUCUUGCUAAAUUUAAAACUCUGGUAUCAGAUAAAUUUGACAGUGAACCUUCGGUUCUUCUUUCUGGUGACUUCAACUCAGUCCCUGGAGAUAAGGUAUAUGAAUACCUGAUUUCUGGUAACCCUUCCAUGGAACCUCAACUGGAACAGAGGGAGGAUCUUCCAAUUCCAUUAGAUAGCGUAUACGCAUAUCUGAGGGGAGAACCGCAAUUCACAAACUGCACACCUGGGUUUACUGGUACUCUUGAUUAUAUACUUUUUUCUCCCAGUGGAAGCAUCAAUCCUAUCAGUUAUCUAGAUCUUCCUGAAGCCGACUCUUCUGAUGUUAAAGGUGGACUCCCAAAUUACUACCAUCCUAGUGAUCAUCUGCCAAUUGGUGCUGACUUCGUGAUUCGUACAAAAUAAAUUAGCAUCAGUACCUGGCAAGAGCACUGUUGAAAACGUUCAGUUACUUCAAUUUCCCAAUUCUUUUCAAUUUUUUUUAUCCUGGUAGAUUGUUUAGUUGGACAAUUUUGCGAGCCCAGAGCAGUUUUGCACACAACCCCAAACCCCACCAUUUUCCUUUAUGUAUGAUUUGAUUUCAACAUAUGUACUCCUUUUUUUUAUUGAAUAUGUACAAAUUAGUUGUUUA